AUGGAUAUUACUAAACUCGAAGAUUUUAUUCGUGAAGCAUUAAAAUCUAUUGAAAAAUUACAAUUUCAUUCAGAAAAAACCGAUACAGGUGUUACACGUAUUGCUACAAAACCAUUACAAUGUGAUAGUUUUCAAUGUCGACUUAUUCCAUUUAAAUUAUCCACUGGUAAAGAAAAACAAAAAGAUUUAAAAUUUUAUUAA